AUGAAGCCGGCUCAGAGAGUCUCCUUGCAGCUCACCUGGAGAAACUCUCAGUCCAAACAACCCAGCCUGGUCGGUGAGUGGGACCAGAGGGAUGUGGGGAACUAUUCCGAGUUGUUCGCAGCUGCCUUGGGCAACCUGGAAUGGUUGCGGUUCUGCCUGAAUCAGGACGGUGGGGAAAUCCCCACAGAUAACAAGGGGUUCACUGCCAUCCACUUUGCAGCCCAAAGCGGCAAGCUUGAAUGCCUGCAGGUCUUGAUAGAGGAGUACAAGUUUCCUGUGGACCUGCCCACCAACAAUGGCCAGACACCACUGCACCUUGUCAUCCGCAAGGAAAACAAGACCAUGGUCCUCCCCUGCAUCUACUAUCUGCUUAAGCAUGGGGCGGCCCUCAACACUCAGACAUGCAACGGCUCCACACCCCUGCACCUGGCAGCCCGGGAGGGCCUGCUGAGCUGUGUGAAGGUCCUGGUGACGAAGGGCGCCAAUGUCCAUGCCCAAGAUGCCAUGGGCUGCAAACCCAUCGACUACUGCAAAAUACGGAACCACCGUGUCUGCGCUCGGUUCUUGAAGGAUGCCAUGUGGAAACGGGACAAGAAGGACUUUGCCUGUGAAAUGGGGAAACUGAAGAAGCUCAAAGGCCAGCUGGCCCUCAUGGAACAGGACUACCUGAGUGAGCAUCAAAAAGAACACCAAAUUCUGAGAGAAGCUGAUUUCAAGAAGUGGCUCCACCGCAAGCUACUGCCCCGAGACCAAUCUCUGGUCCACAACACUGAGCAAGAGCCACAGGCCCCACGCUGGACCAUCCCCCUCUCCAAGACCCCCAAACCUCCCAAGAGAUUCCACCCCUCCUUGGAGAUGCGCCUGCAACAGAUUCCACAGCCCGAGCCACAGAAUUCGGUGACGCCCACACCCGUCUACAAGAAGCCCAUAGUCAGGCGGCCCAAGCUGUGGGAUAUUAGCAACAACCCUGUCACAUCCCCCACAACCCAGAUCAGCUUCCCUCAGGGCAUCCGCCUGGGUGUGCACCCAGACCCCAGCCCGGAGCACGACUUCCGCAGGUUCCUCGAGGUCAGGUCUGACGGGCACGGUGGUGCGCGGUUGUGCACGGUGGCUGGCAAGCAGGUGGCACCUGUGCCUCGGCUGCCUUUGGAGGUGAUAGUCCGAGAGCUGUACCCUCAAGUGCAGCCGUGCAGGAUGAAGGUGCCCCAGGGCUUCCACCCCGUCAGCAUGAGGGAUGUGACCCGGAAGCGGUACUUGGGUGACAGCACCUUCUGGACCGACACACUGGCCAUGAACCUGCGUGAGACAUUUGACGAAGCCUUCCUGGCAGCAGUGCGAGCUCAUGAGGGGCUCCCCAUUGUGCCCUCCCCCGAACCCCUCUCAUAA